AUGGGCCAAACCUUCAGAGCCGCCUGGCUGCUGGAGGAUAAGCAUAAGGGCGAUGCUGCGCUGGUUACAGUGAGUGGCUACCUACCAGCGGGACCGUGUGUUAGGGGUCAGAACGCAAGAUACGGGAUGCACUAUCAAUGCGAGACAGGGUGCCCAGUCACAUGGAGAACAAGACACACACAGCGAGAAGGUUGCUCUCAAAUUUCCCUCGGUAUUGCCUAUCGCCCUCUGCCCGAGAGAGCCAAUCAAACAGGGUGCGAAGUCCAGCUCGAAGCCCAAGGAUUUGAUUCCCCCCUCAUCCGGAGUCUGGCUGAUACUUUUGAUACUUCCAGCGUGAGUGCCAGAGCUUACAGUAUCCAGGGGGGGAGAGGAAGCUUGCGGAAGCCAUCCAUCCAUACGGGCUGUCGUAGCGUUGCUCAUCGGAGUUUUGGCCUAUGGGCUGGGACGGAUGCGCGGCGGAUUGGCGGGAGGGACUUGCGAGGAUGCCUUUCCAGAAAAACGAGCCAUUAUCCAUGUGUCAACGAGCGAUUAAAGGAUUCCGCCUGA